GAGAGCGCCACGUAGUGGCCGUUCAGUUGGGCUGUCAAAAUGGUUUAAAAUCGCGAGAAAGAGUCUUUCGCGAAUAUUUCACUCAAUAAUCUAUUUUUUUUACACAAUUUCUCAGUUUAUCACAUCAUACACCCCUUAAUUGAUGUCUUUUCUGUGAAUUAAGUGCAUUGUGUAGCCUUUGUGUUGGGCCCAUUUGCUGGUACAGCCCCUCCAAGUUGGGCCAUCACUUGAGAAUCUCUGUAUGUUUUGUUGGGGUAUUAACUGCUGGGCAAUAGAGAAUGGAAGUGGAGAGUUCUCUGGGAGACGGUUCUGGUGGAGCAUCUGUGGCGCUAAAACCGCCAAAUUUGACAUUUCAGUGUGUCUUUUGUCAUGCUGACUUUGAUUUACCGACUGAUCUCGCCCACCACGUGGGGCUCUUUCACUCAGACAACCAAGACAAUGGUAACUUUGACGAUCUCGAUGAUGACUGUGAUUAUCUGCCACUGAUGGAGCCCAUCUGUGAACUCAGACACGAUGACACCGAACUCAGCCUCAUCCAAUUGGGCAGUGAUGAGAAUUCCUCUGGGUCCAGCAAUGGCGUACCCAAGAUAUUCUCCCAGGGUCCAGGCCGAGGACGACGUCGGGAUGAGGAUGAUGAAGAACUUGAAUCACGUAACACUGGAGAGUGCUUCUUUCAGUGUACCGUCUGUGAGAAAUCAUUCAAAUUUGCCGGCGAUCUGGCCAAGCACGUGCGGUCACACACACAAAAUAAGCCCUAUCAAUGCUCCAUCUGUGACAAGCAAUUCACGCACAUUGGCAGCCUUAACACACACAUACGCAUCCACAGUGGUGAGAAGCCGUACAAGUGCAAACAGUGCGAUAAAGCUUUCACACAAUCGAGCAGCCUCAUGGUUCACAUACGCUCCCACUCCACCAAGAAGCCCCACCAGUGCAGCAUAUGUGACAAGGGUUUCGUCAACAGCAGCAGCUUGGUGCUGCAUAUGCGUCUGCACAGUCAAGGUGAACCAUUCCCCUGUCCAAGUUGCGACAAAACUUUCAAAGCUGCACAAAUGCUGCAAGAACACAUGAUACUGCAUACGCAGCAACCACUCUAUCAAUGCAGCAUAUGCCGUCGUGCUUUCCACCAUGCCAGUGAACUUGUGCAGCAUAUGAAGUGCCAUACGGGCGAAAAGCCCUUCCAAUGCAGCGUAUGCGAAAAAAGCUUCACACAACCGGGAAGCUUGAAUACUCACAUGCGAAUCCAUACUGGUGAGAAACCCUUCAAAUGCCACGAAUGCGAAAAAUCCUUCACUCAAGCAUCCAGUCUCUCAGUCCACAUGAAGAUCCACUCAAGCCGAGACAAACCCUUCACCUGUCGCGAAUGUGGCAAAUCCUACAGUCAGCAGGCCUACUUCAACAAACACAUGGCCAUCAGGCACAAUUUGGCACGCAACAGCACCGGCUCAGAUCAAUGCACCGAAUGCCAUCAGACCUUUGAUAGUCCAGUUGCCAUGUCCAGGCACAUGAUCAAGGCUCAUCCACAGAUCUAUCAAUGCUCCAUCUGCCGAUCGCAGUUUAACAAUUCCGAUGAUCUCGUCAUCCAUCUCAGGGGACACUUUAAGGACUAGGCUUUGUCGAAGCAAUUUUAUUUGGCAACAAAUGAUCACACUGAUAGGACUAGAUAAAAUAAUGAGAGAGAUCGAGUAAUCAAUGCAAUCGUUUUCAUAGUUUCACAAUUAUCAGUAAAAUAAUUGACAAAAGCGGAAAACUUAAAGAAUGAUACCUAGAUUUACUUUGAUUAAUUGAGAAUUAUCUAGCACCAAAUUUGUGCAAUUAAUUUACGU